AUGGCUAGACUUAGUGGAACGUGCAAGUGGUUCAAUUCAAAGAAGGGUUACGGCUUUAUAACUCUCGAUAGUGGCGAAGACGUGUUCGUACACCAAUCCGAGAUUUACGCCGACGGAUUCAGGUCGUUAAGGGAAAACGAGAAGGUCGAGUUAGAAGUUGUUCUUGAAAAUGAUAGGAAGAAGGCCAUUCACGUGACUGGACCUGACGGAGAUUAUGUAAUGGGAUCACAAAACGAAUUGUUUAGGAGCAAUCGUAAUAGAUAUCAGGACUCGGAAUCUUCAGCUAUGUACAGAAAUGACGAUCGUGAUUUCGAUAUGAAUAGAAGGUAUUAA